AUGCCUCACUACCGCGAUCGAUAUUUCCUAGAGCUGGCGGCGGAGAGGUAUCUAGACAAAUUCUUAGAGUUGAAGAGACAGCGCCCAGAUGAGUUCUGGGUGCCGACCUACGACAUCGACUGCAUUUGGCACGCGCAUCAGCUACAUCCUUGGAAAUAUGAAGAGGAGACUGCCGAGCUUUGCGGCCGGCUCCUCCCUCAUGAUGACAGUGUUAAUGACCGCAGCUCGGGAUCCCAGCUGUCCGAUCGAUGGGAGCAGACGAAGGAAGCGUGGAAGGAGAUCUUUCGUGACGACGGACCAUACCGCAGCGGCAGCAUGUACCGCGGCACCGUGACGGCGCAGGAGCGAUUGAGCCGCGAGCAGCAGUGGAACUACAUGCGCUCCGUGAUUGGUCCGGAUGUAAAUAUCCGCGCCGACGUGGUCUGGAAGGUCGCGCUUGCGCCUGCGUGGGCUGAGCCUCAGAGGACCGAGUUGAAGUGGGUCCACCGCAAAGAUCUGGAUGGCGAGGUAAAUGCUGUCGUGGGCAUUCGACGCUUCUCCUCCUUAGGCACACUGAAUGCGCAGGUGGUACACGGCCGAACCAGGCAGAAGAGCUUCAGCUAUGUGGAGGUCAUGAAAGAUCCUCACAAGCUGCUGCCAGUCGUUACAGCGCACUCCAUCGACUCCGAUCAACUUCCGGAUGAGAUGCAGGUAAGCGCUGAGGCUGCGACGUGCCCCACAUUGGAGAAGGUUGGAUCGCCGUACUGCUUCCCCCCCGCCCAGACAUCACAGGAGAAGGCGUAUCUCAUCCGAGUGGCCGGCGAAGAUGUGGCGGUGCUGGUGGGCGAAUGGGCGGGCUACCGAGUUGGAGGAGCUCCACGAGGAAAGCGCGGGAAGAAACCGGUGAAGGUGUCGUCAGCAGGUCGACUCUUGGUUCGAAUGUACGCGUUGAGGUGUUACGGAGAGAUGGAGGUGGAUGCUCACCUCGCUGCAGAGACCCUUCCCUCCUCGUAUUCCUUUUCCUUGAUGGGGCUGAAGCUCCCUCGAUGUACGGAGAAAAUCCACAUCGACCUCGCCGAGGGCAAAGUCUGGGGCUUCACCAACACCAUCUCAAUGGCU